AUGGAUCAAAAUAAUUUGAUGGAAUCAUUUCAAUUGCACAAUCGUUUAAAUUUGUCAUCACAGUCUUUAUCAGUUAGUCAUAUAAGAAGAAGUACUUCAUCAUUGAAAUCUGAACGUUCUAUCAGUUUACCACCAGACUUUCGAAGAAAUUUUAAUUACAUGGAUCUCAUAGAAGCUUUUCAACACUAUUAUACUUCUUUACCGAUAACAAUAUGUCCGGAAAAAAGUUUGAUUAUUAUGAAGGAUAUGUAUAAAUCAAAAAAAAAUAUGCCAACUAAAGUAAUUGCACCUGAUGGUUGCAUACCGAAUUCGAAAAUUCGUCUUAAACUGAAACCUAAAGAACCAAACGAUACUCCUGCUGAAAUGCAACUGGUUAAACGAUACUUGUCUAAUGAGAAAACCAUGAGAAGAUUAUCGUUGAUAGCUUCAGGGAAAGAUAUCGGUUUAUUACGAGUAAUCACUUCGAAUAAACUGCCUGUUGCAGUAGAGAAAGUACGCACUGAAUUGGUUACCAAUGCAGCAAUAGAAGUUGAACCUCAAAGAGAUGAGACUGAACGCGUUGCAAAGACAGCUAGACUGCAUCAGAUUGCCAAACAAGUUACCAAGCAAACAAUUCAACAAAUUUUUGAAAAGAAAAUACAAGAAAAUUUAGGUAAAAUUGAAGCAACGAGAAAAGCAAUUGCUGAAGAAGUAGCUGAAGCUCAACAGAUUAAAAUAGAAAUGGAGCAUAAAGCAGCACAACAAGAAGAUGAUUUGACUGUUCGUCUAGGGCAAAUUGAUGAUAAGACAAUCCGAAGAAAGAAAGAAGAAGAAAGAGGUCGAAUCCUCCCAGCUGAUAUAGUUAAGACAUAUUUACAUGAAAUGACUGAAGAAUGGGGUACACUCACUAAAGUUAUGGAUUUAUUUCAUGAUAUUGUUAAAAAGGACACCUCGGCCAUUGAGGUUUUGGAUAAAUACUUCAAAUCUAGGAAUGUUCGUGUUGGUAUGAUAAAUAGUAUACUUAGUCCUACAUGGUCGUUUCUUUAUCUAACCAGCUUACUUGGUGGUCCACGGACAUUGAUGGAACACAUUGACACAAUGUUGAACCCUGAAACUACUGUGGACGUUAUGCAUGGUGUAAAAUUGCAGUUUGUAGCAUUUCUUGGGGAUAAACAACGUCUAGAAUUAUUUCUACAUGGAUUCAAAGCGACAAGAGAUAUACUGGUAAAUUAUUUGACAAGCCAAGGCAUGCACAGAAAAGAGGCCGAAACCAUAAUUUAUGAAGCCAUUUGUGAAAAUAUAAAUGCAAAACAUAAAAUGACUAUUGCUUUGAAUAUAACAGAUCCUCAUGAAUUAAUCGAAGCCAUUAAAAUGUGCGAUGAUAAAAAAGUAAAAAGCUUAAUUGAUCAAACAAUCAAAAUGUCCAAGUCUCCAUCAAAUGGAACACCUACAGAUAUGAGGUACAUGAACACUUCCGAAAAACAAGAAAGGUCAGGAACAAAGUUGACAACAUAUACUACUGGUGACUUGAGUGUAACUCUCAAACCCAUCACAACUACAACAGGAAAUGAAGACGAGAAAAAGAAGUUAUUAACUAGUACUGCACAACUACAGGCUGAGGGUACAAAACAAGUGAAAAUAAAAGCACCUCCAAAUGUAAAGACAACUUCGAAAGAAAUAGUUUCACAGGAAGAAAAGAAAACACAAAAAAAGGUUAAAAUUAUGGGAAAGAAAGAAGAGAAGAUUACGGAAAAAGCUGAUCACAUAACAUCGAAACUCAGUAGAAAGCAAAUAUCCGUAAACAAACACGCAACUAAAGAAGUUAUGAAGGAAAGGCAAGUUAGCGAAAAAUAUGACAAGCUGCCAGCGAUAUCUAAAGCAAAUAAACUGGCAGUUGAAAAUCAGAGAAAAACUAACCAUAAAAAGCUGUCAGGAAUAUUUAUUCAAAAUGCAGAAGAGGAAGAAUUACAGGCAGUAUGUUCACAGAAAGAAAGCAAAAAAGCUGAGGAGAAUAAAGAAGUACGUGAAGAAAGUUACUUCAACGAGUCUUCUGUAGACGACUUUGAAAGACGUCUAGCAACACAAAGUGAAGGUAUAGAUAGAAGUGAUGAGAAACAAGAGGAGACGGAAGAAGAAGACGAAGGAGUUGCUCAAGAAGCUGAUGAAGAAUUUCUCCAGGGUAACGCCAUACGAUUUGAAGCUGAUUUCAAUAAUCCAGAUGAACUGAUUAAAAUUGACGUAAUCAUGCCAACUUCAAUGACUCAGGAAAAAUACCUGCGAGAGCUCGUUAAAGCAGACUGGUAUCCAGGAAAACCAAAGAACAUGAAGAAGGAAACAAUUGUAAAGGAUCUAUUGAAACACUUAAUUAGUAUUUACGACUGGAAUGACUUACGUGAGGCAGAAAUAGCAAUAAUUAUCCUUAAAAGUUAA